CGCAGCACCUCACUCACACAGAAAUGAAACUCAGGGAACCCUAGAUUUUCGCUUAUCAGUUCCAAAGUUUUCAGUUUUCACAGAAUCACACUCGCACCCCGAAAAUGCAGGACUUCAUCGGCUCAGUUCGUCGAUCUCUAGUCUUCAAACCCUCCAAUGGAGCCGAAGAUAAUGGUGGACUUGGUAGUGGCUUCGGUGGAUUUGUCGAAAAAAUCGGUUCGAGCAUGAGAAAAUCGAGGAUCGGGCUCUUCUCGAAGCCUUCAUUCCCUGCGUUGCCUCCGAUUGCGAAAUCCGAAGCGGUGAGUGUGAAAAAAAACGAGGCACCGCAAAUCCGGUGGAGAAAAGGGGAAUUGAUCGGGUGUGGUGCGUUUGGUAGGGUUUAUAUGGGGAUGAAUCUUGAUUCUGGAGAGCUACUUGCUGUCAAAGAGGUCUCAAUUGCAGGGAAUUGUGCUUCCAAGGAAAAAACACAGGCUCACAUUUGGGAGCUUGAGGAAGAAGUGAAGCUAUUGAAGAAUCUCUCCCAUCCAAACAUAGUUAGAUAUUUGGGAACUGCCAGGGAGGAGGAAUCAUUGAAUAUUUUAUUGGAAUUUGUUCCUGGUGGAUCCAUCUCCUCACUCCUUGGAAAAUUUGGAUCCUUCCCUGAGUCUGUUAUUAGGAUGUACACCAAGCAGCUGUUAUUGGGCUUGGAAUACCUUCACAAGAAUGGAAUUAUGCACAGGGACAUCAAGGGGGCAAACAUCCUUGUUGAUAACAAAGGGUGCAUUAGACUUGCAGACUUUGGAGCAUCCAAGAAAGUUGUUGAGCUGGCUACUAUAACUGGUGCCAAGUCUAUGAAAGGUACCCCUUAUUGGAUGGCUCCUGAAGUUAUUCUCCAGACUGGGCAUAGCUUCUCUGCUGAUAUAUGGAGUGUGGGAUGUACUGUUAUUGAGAUGGCUACUGGAAAGCCUCCUUGGAGUCAGCAGUAUCAAGAGGUCGCUGCUCUCUUCCAUAUAGGGACAACAAAAGCGCAUCCACCCAUCCCCGAGCAUCUCUCCGUUGAGGCGAAGGAUUUUUUAUUAAACUGUUUACAGAAGGAACCAUAUUUAAGGCCAGCUGCAUCAUAUUUGCUAAACCAUCCAUUUGUUACGGGAGAGUAUCAGCAAAACCAUCCUGUUUUUCGCACUUCAGUCAUGGACAAUUCUGGCCAUCGGAUGGCUGCACUUGAGGUGGACCUUAAGAAGUCCAUGAACUCUGAUAUCAGGAGAACCUGCAGUGGCUUCAAGGAUGUUUGUGACAUGGGUAGUGUGAGAAGCUCAACUAUACAUUCUGAGAAGAUCUCACGAAGAGGGUCCAUUUGGACAUCAAGCAACUAUGAUGAUGACAUGUGUCAGAUAGAUGAUAAAGAUGAUCUUAUGCUUGAUGAAUCAAUGAAGCUCAAUUCUGCUUUACUUUCCACUGAUUUUAACAAGAGUUUCAAUCCUAUGUCCGAGCCCAAUGAUGAUUGGCCAUGCAAAUUCGAUGAAAGUCCAGAGUUGGAGAAAAGUAAAAUGAAGUUGGAGAAAAGUAAAAUGAACUUAUUUCAUUGUCAAAUACUUAAAAAGCCUGGUGAGAGCCCGGCAGCAACUGGUACAGGGGAUAAUGACUUCACAUUUCCAUGUGGGCCAUUAGCUGCUGAGGAUGAUGAUGAAGUUACCGAGUCGAAAAUUAGAGCCUUCCUGGAUGAAAAGGCUUUAGAUUUGAAGAAGUUGCAGUCACCUCUAUAUAAAGAAUUUUACAAUUCAUUGAAUGCUGCUGGUCCUUCAAGUCCUGUUGGAACUGCAAACAAAGAAAAUCUUCCAAAUAAUUUGAACCUACCUCCCAAAAGCAGGUCACCCAAUCGAGUGCCAAACAGAAGACUCUCUGCAGCUGUUGAUCUUGCCUACACUGCAAGUUCUGGUAGUCAUCCCAAACGUCUAUCAAACAUGGGUGGUUUAAACCAUCAAAAUACUCAGGACAUUCAGUCGUCUCAGCCUAGUGAAUGGAAGGAUGAUCUUCUUGAUUCUCAGCCAGAUCCCAUUAGUCCAAGCUCAAGCUUCUCUGAGAGGCAAAGAAAAUGGAAAGAAGAGCUUGAUGAGGAGCUUGAGAGGAAAAGAGAGAUGAUACGUCAGGCAGGUGUUGUAAAGACAUCAUCUCCCAAAGAUCGGAUUCUAAAUCGACAAAAAGAACGAUUACGAUUUGUAUUUCCAGGAAAAUGAGCAGAUUAUGCACCAGGCAAGUGGCAUUACCAUCUCUCAACGAUUAUAUGUUUAAUUGACAGAGAGCGAGUCGCUACAAUUUGGAUUCCAGGCUCAUGAAUGGAGGUAUCUAUAUUUACGCCUAUAGCUUGCGGAUGAAAUCGUGUUUUCUUAUUAAGGGUGUCGAUGUAUGUAGCUCUAUUUUUGUUAAAAAAAUGUUACCUAAUAAUUUAUACAGUGGCUACCUUGCCAUAUCUGCCUGAAGGCAAGCAGGCUGACCACCCAACCAUUGUAUUAAGUCCAAGUGGUUCACCUGUAUAAACAAUCUGUUUGCGAAUAUUGGAGCAUGUAUGUUAUUGAGGGAUAUGUAAUAGUAAUAUAGAAAGAAAAGGUGUCGUUUGAGUUUUGCCAAGGUGAG